CAGCAGAAUCAGAGCUGACGGGACGACAGACUGAACACACACAGAACAUGGUUCCACACUGGAGUACAGCGACUACACACCACACACAGCAUGGACUCUGAGUCUUUGGACCGCUGCAUCCAGACGGUGCUGGCCUCCCUCUACCCGCCCUUCCAGGCCACGUCUCCCACUGUCCUCUGUCAGGUCCUCAGUGUGGUGGAGCACUGUUACCGUGGAGACGGCCUCCGCUACCUCAUCCACUUCCUGCUGCCUGCGAAGAACUUCCUGCAGAACCUCCAGCAGGACGCCUGUGUCCAGUACUGUGGUCUGCUGUUCCGUCAUGAAGGUUGGCCCCUGUGUGUCCACGAGAAGGUAGUGGUCCAGCUCUGUCCUCUGGACCAGCGCCUCCUCCGUCCAGGUGACUUCUACCUGCUGGUAUCUCCCUCCGUAGCCCCGCCUCCUCCUCGUUCCCACGGCGCCUCCUUCAGGGGCGGAGCCUCGGAGCCCCGCCUGCUCCUGUGCAGCUGGGCGGGCCGUCAUGUGGAGCAGCAGGAGGUGUCGCAGGUAGCGCUGCGCUCACUCUUCAGCAUGGCCUGGCUGGACUCGGUCAACAGGGACAGGGAGCGGAGAGGAGCUCCUGGGCUGCAGCGCCUCCUGCUGGCCGCCCACGGAGACGUCUUCAGGGUCCCCUGGGAGGACCUGGUCUACCCACAGUUCCUCAGCCGGCCCCGCCCCCCCAGGGAGGACAGGGAGGAGCCGGAGGUACAGGAGGGUUUAAGGAACACCUCACACCUGUCCUCAGGUCAGGACGGGAAGCUCCUCCCUCUAAACAAAACCUGCCAAUCAGCAGCCAGCAACGACGGAGAGGACUCUGAGGGGGAAUAUGUGGAGCUGACGGACCUGCCCCGCUUUUCCCCCCAGAAAGGAUCUCUGACCCAGUCCAUCAGCCAGCAGAACCGGGCCAGAACCACCACACACACACCUACACACACUACAGCAACACACACACCACCUGCUGCUGCACACACACCUCACACCACAAACACACACUCUGCUGCUACGACACACACCUGUGGAAGCACACAGUCCUGUCAGCCCGGUGUGAAAAUGGACUCCAGGUCCUCAGAGGGGGACCAGGACCAGGACCAGGACCAGGACCAGGACCAGGUCUCCUGUGGAGCGGUUGUCCUCAGACCAGUUUCCUGUCAGCAGGAGCCUACAGCAGGUACAGAACCAGACCAGAACCAGAACCCAGAACCUGAAACCAGAACAGAGCAAAGAGAGCAGGAGGAGACAGAAGGAAAGAAUGAAGCUGUAGAGUCAGAAGGAGAAGAGGAGGUGCAGGGGGAGGAGCAGUGUAGGAGGAACCAGGAGGAAGAGGAGUCCGAGGAUGAAGGUGCAGAGCAGGUGGAGCUAGAAGAGGAGGUUCAGGUUCUAACCAUGGAGCAGAGUCUGGGUAGAAAGGAGGAGGUGAUGGAAGAACAGAGAGGAGGAGAGAGAGGAGCGCACAUAGAAAAAGACUGUUUUACUGAAAAAAACACAAAACACAAACACACCGAGGACUCCUUACCUGGAAAUAACACAACAGACACACACCUGCAGCACUGUGAGGACGGGCUUCAGCACACUGUUCCUGAGGAGUCCAGUGGUCCUCCUCUUCUCCAUGAGGAGUCAGAAGAGUCCAGUGUUCCUCCUCCUGUCGCUGAGGAGUCUAAACCACCUCCUUGCGCCUCCUCUCCGUCCAUGGAUGAACCUGAUCAUGGUGACUCUGGACUGGAACAUCUGGAGGAGAAGAAGCAGGAAGUUGCUGCAGGAGGAGCAGCAGAGCUUCACACUGAAGCUCUCAUCAGUGAUCCUCCUCCUGCUGGUUCCAGUCCAACAGAACCACAACAACCAGCAGCUCCCACAGUCCCAGUGCAGUCCUCCCAGUCCUCCCAGUCCUCCCAGUCCAGGUUCUACAGUGUUCUGCUGAGGUCUGGAGCUGUGUGUCUGCCAGGUUCUACGGAUCGGUCGGGUCGAGCCCUGCUGACCGUUUCUACCUGCAGCUCCGUAUGGUCCGAUCCGGACUGUGACAGUGCUGAGUUGCUCCGCCUCCUGCUCUACUACACCUCCACGCUCAGGAAACAGACGAGAGCGUCGGGUCUGACGGUUCUGAUGGACGCCCGCAGAGCUGCACCUGCUGCUGCCAUGUUCUCCGCCCUGCGGUCCCUGCAGGAGGACUCUCCAGGCUCCAUCCACUCUGUGUUCAUUCUGGCUAACAAAGACUCAGCGCUGCGUCUGGACAAACCUGCAGCCACUCAGGUGGAGGUGUUCACCUCCCUGAAGUCUCUUCAGAAACACGUGGAGCUCCAUCAGCUUCCUGCACAGUUUGGAGGAUCCUUCAGUUUCAGUCAGAGCAGCUGGAUCAGCUUCAGAUCAAGGGUGGAGCAGCUCACCACCCAGUGUGACGACGUCAUCAACCUGCUGCAGAAAACCAUCAGCAUCCUGCAGGCCACACCUCUACCUGCUGCUGUACAGGAUGCCGAGCUGCUGCUGUCCAGGUACAGGUCGGUGAUGUGUAGCAUCCUGGAGGACGGCCGAUUGGUGCAGCUGCAGCAGGAGGGCGGAGCUUCUCUGUUGCGGCUCCGCAGGGAGGAGGGCGGAGUCGGAGCGACAGAGGAGCAGCGAGCGGCGGUGGAGGCGGUGACGUCUCUGUACGACCAGGUGGACGAGCUGCUGCACCACCUGGUGACUCUCUCUAACUCCAGGACCCAGGAGAUCACCUUCAUCAGGGACUUCAGGAGCCUGGAGCAGCGCUUCAGCCAGGUGAGGUCGUGGCUGCAGGACGUCGGUGAAGUUCGUCUGAAGGCUCUGGAUGAACCUGAAGAUUCUCUGGAGCUCCUCAUCAGAAAACAGCAGGACUUCAGGGAGUUCUACACAACGGCAUAUGACCAGUGUAAACAAGGAGAGGACCUCCUGUCAGGUGUGGAGCAGUGGGAGGUUCCUUCAGCAGACCUCCAGGUGUAUGAGGUCCAGGUCCACUCCUUCUGGGCUCAGCUGCAGGACUUCUCCCAGCGGGUCAACAGCACUGGACAGAACAUUGAGCGGGCCGUGCAGUUGUUCCGCUUCCUGGACCAGGCCUAUGGCUGGGCGUUGGAGGGUAUGCGUCACCUAGCCGGGAUCAGCAUGGAGGACUGCACGCAGCCGGACAGAUGCCAGGCUGUAAUUGGCUGCCUGGAGGACUACCAGCGCCAGCACCCACCAAUCCCAGCCGGCCGCUUCCAGGAGAUGAAGGCGGCGGCCGGGGAGCUGCGGGGCGAGAGGGGCCUCCGCCAGUGGAGCUUCGCCUGGUCCAAGUGUCAGGAGACCAAGAAGAUGUUCGACAGGAAGAUGGAGGCGGCGCUCAGGACUCGAGACUCUGCCCACCAGCGGCGCUCUGACUCUGCCCUCAGCUGGAGCUCUGCCUCCUCCAGGAAGAGUCUGUCAGGACUGUGGAGGGUCCGAGAGACCUCCUCAUCCUCCUCCUGCCCCCCUGAGGAGGACGCAGACUCAUCCUCACCUCCUCGUAGCUCCGCCCCCACACUCCCCCUCACCUCCUCACCUCGUAGCUCCGCCUCCCCUCCCACUCCCCAGCACACACCCCUUCUGCAGCGUCUGUUCCGCAGCUCCUCCUCCUCUGAGGAGUCGUCUGAGCAGGUGGAGGUCUGCUCCUCCAGCCCCAGCCUCCCUCGCCUGUCCUCCUCGUCCUCCAUCCUGUCCUCCUGUCGGCGGCAGCAGCUGAGGAAGACCCAGAGCUUCGACUGCCCCUCCACCCCCGAGGCGCCACGCUAUGGCCCAUGUCCUCGUGCCCUCAGCGAACCGGUUCGCCGAGGAAACACCGGCGUGUUUAUCCGCGGCCUGGAGGUGAGCAGCCCCGAGGCAUCCGACCACACGCUCUGCCCCAGGACGGCUGCUCACGGCUGGGCAGCAACAGGACCGAGGAGCCCCAGGACGCCUGGGACCCCUAGAACCCCUGGGACCCCCGCAGACCCCCGACCCAGAGGAAGUAAGCUGCGUCACAUCGUGGAGGAGAUGGUGACCACAGAGCGGGACUACGUGCGCUCUCUGCGCUACAUCAUCCACCACUACUUCCCAGAGAUGGACCGGGCCGACCUUCCUCAGGACCUCAGAGGGAAACGAUCCGUGGUCUUUGGGAACCUGGAGAAGCUGCUGGACUUCCACAGCCAGUUCUUCCUCAGAGAGCUGGAGGCCUGCUGGAAGCACCCGCUGAGGGUCCCACACUGCUUCCUCAGACACCAGGAACAGUUCAGUUUUUAUGCUCUGUACAGCAAGAACAAGCCGAAGUCUGACGCUCUGCUGGCCCACCAUGGACUCUCCUUCUUCAGGAGGAAGCAGCUGGAGCUGGGUGAUAAGAUGGACCUGUCCUCCUACCUGCUGAAGCCCAUCCAGAGGAUGAGUAAAUAUGCUCUGCUGCUGUCUGACCUCAUGAAGGAGGUGGGCACUGCUCAGGAGGCGGAGCUUAUCGCCCUGCAGGCCGCCACCAACAUGGUCAAGUUCCAGCUUCGCCACGGCAACGACCUGCUGGCCAUGGACGCCAUCCGAGACUGUGACGUGAACCUGAAGGAACAGGGUCAGCUGAUCCGGCAGGACGAGUUCAUGGUCUGCAGCGGCAGGAGGAAAUGUCAGCGCCACAUCUUCCUGUUCGAGGAGCUCGUCCUCUUCAGCAAACCCAAGAAGAUGGAAGGAGGCCUGGAUAUGUUCAUCUACAAACACUCCUUCAAGACAGCCGAUGUGGGUCUGACAGAGUCCACGGGGGACAGCGGGCUGAGGUUUGAGAUCUGGUUCAGGAGGAGGACGUCCAAGAACCAGACCUUCAUCCUGCAGGCUUCUUCAGCAGACGUGAAGCGGGCAUGGACCAGCGACAUCACCAGGAUCCUCUGGACUCAGGCCACCCGGAACAAAGAGAUGCGUCUGAAGGAGAUGGUGUCCAUGGGCGUCGGGAACAAACCCUUCCUGGACAUCCAGCCGAGCGACGCCGCCAUCAGCGACCGAGCGGUUCACUACAUCAUGAAGAGCAGAGGUGCCAGAACUCGCGCCUCCAUUGCCGUCUCCGUCUUUGACCACUCCAAUCCCUUCAAGCGAGGAGCGGUGACGUCCGACUCUGCGACUCCAGGACCGUCCUCGUCCAGCCUGCUGGGGCCUCUCAACCUGCACAUGUACAGUCAGACACUUCCUUCUCCUCCAGCCGCUCAGAGCUCCUUCAACACCUCCUGUAUCGAGGAGGACGGGCAGGAACACGAGACCAGCAGCCAGCCAUCCAUGACCACGGAGAGUUCUGGCUCCUCGUCUCGCUGCCUCUCUGGAUCCACCGGCUCCGACAGCGGCUGCGUCUCCUCCCACCUACAGGAGGCGCUGCAGGAGGAGCCCCACCCACACAGCCAGAACUCCGCCUCCUGCUCCUCCUCCAGCAAGCAGCAAAUAAGCAGCCAGUACCUCUCACCUAAAGCUGCAGCUGUCAUCAGUCCGGCCACCGUCGUCUGAUCAGCUGACCUGAAGAUGAAUGUCCGUCUGGUGGUUCUGACUCAGCUUGAAGUGGACGUUUGAUCUGAGCUUCGUCUGGUUUAUUUAUGAGCUUCAGUCUGUGGUGUAAAUAAGACGUUAGAGUUUAUUCACUGGUUCUGUCUGGGAGGAGAAUCGGGCCAGAGGAGAACCUGGUCUGGAGGAGAACCGAGUCUCGAGAAGAACCUGGUCUAGAGGAGCACCGGGUAAAAGGAGAACCUGGUCAAGAGAAUAACUGGAUCAGAGGAGAACAGGGUCAGACUGGUCCUGGAUCUUUGGACUGACUGUACAUGAGUGUAAAUAAUCCACAGCUGAACUUUUGUUACCUGAAGAAUAAAUCAGUUUAAAAAAAUAAAAUCUGUUUGUUAAAUACA